AUGAAGGCGGUUUGCGGGUUCAACUUCGCCGGUACGCGAAACAAAGCUUCCGAUUUUGAUCCCCAGAAGAGUUGGGCCGAGCUCUCCCCGCAUACGACGUGGGAUUCCGCGGGUAUGUCCAAUGGGCUUAUCGAGGACCUGGCCACAGCUGUUGUGCAUCGAUUCAUUUGCUACAAUAUCACCGGCAAAAAGGAAGCGAACAAAGUCAGUGAGGGUGAGCUUUUUCUCCUCUGGGCGAUGCGGUCGGGAGUGCGAGUGUGUUCCAUGACCUUCCUUCAGAACUCUUUCCAGGAGAUUGCCCUCUCCAAGCGUGGACUACCGGCGCUCGGGCAUUUUGUUACCGCACUCGCUCACCACUUUGACGGUUGUCCAAACUCAAAUAAGUGCUUCCCUUGGAUGAGUUCAAAUAACUCAUGUACUCGUAACGGACUCAACGGCAUCAACUGCGGGAACGAGUAUGGCCCUGUCCUUUAG